AUGACAUACAUGUACGAAAAGCCUCAGUUCGUGCGUUUGUCCUUGCCUGAGAACAAGUUUUAUCCCCAGUAUGGAUUAUAUGUGUACGGUGAAGGAAUAUUUGCUGAAAAGUUAAGAAGAAUGUGGUUUGACGGUGUACCAGUUUUAUUUUUGCCAGGGACUUCAGGCAGUCACAUGCAAGCUAGAUCGUUUGCAUCAUUCGCUCUAAGAAAAUCUCUUUCUAAAGGCAAUCACUUCCAUUUCGACUUCUUCACAAUAAGUUACAAUGAAGAGUUGUCUGGUCUUUAUGGUGGGGUAUUGCAAAGUCAGACAAAAUUCGCCGCAGUUAGUAUUCAAAAGAUUUUAAGUCUAUAUAAACAAAAUAAAUAUAGAAAGGAUGUACCUACUUCCGUUAUACUAAUUGGACAUUCAAUGGGAGGACUAAUAGUAAAACGACUUUUAGCCUAUCCGAGUACAGUCAACACUACUUCCAUAGCAAUAACUUUGGCUGCACCUUUAGUUGCUCCCGUAGUUAAUGUAGAUGCAGAAAUGAAUGACUUUUAUGGGCUCAUGAACUAUGAAUGGAAUAAAUAUGUUAACAACAAUAUUGAAACCAAAAAGAAUAAAAUCAUGAUUAGCUUGGGAAAUGGACCUCGCGAUUUGCUAAUGCCGUCGGGAUUGACAUCGUCAAAUGAUUCUUAUAUAAAUGCACUUACUACCGCCGUGCCAGGCGUCUGGGUAUCACCAGAUCAUGUAAGCAUAGUCUGGUGCAAACAGCUGGUCCGUAUAAUAAAUAAAUUUCUCUUUUCUAUCAUUGAUCCAGUAACUGAACAGGUUGUACAAGACAAUGAGAUAUUGAUAUCAAGAGCCAGACAAUAUUUUCAGGCUAAUCGCUCAAUGAAAUUGAAUCCAGAUGUGGUACGUUCUGACAUGACAAUGAUCGCUGACGCCUUUUGGUACGAGGAUAACAGACGGAUUUAUCAAGUGUCACGGCGUCAGAUUGAUAAGACUACGUAUGUAAUGAUACGACUUGUCAAGUACCCGCAAAAUAGAUUUGUAGCCGUUGAGGGGGUUAAUAUUGAAAAUGAGGAAUGGAUAUUCGGAUGCAACGCUCAGUUUACAUAUAAUACCCAUAGAUAUUGCAAGCAAGCAACUUCCUUGUCCGAGUUAAGUCGUUGGACUGGUGCAGCUAAUAGCUCUGCCAAAAGGAAGUUGGCCACAGUAAAUCUUCAUAGCAUCAAAGAGCACUACCCUGACUGGAGUCACGUUAUCGUCAAAGUAUCGCCGACGAAAAAGCCGGUAAUAUUAAACGUCGAUAUAAACGACCACGCCUCGAGAGAAAUGUAUGUACGUGUACCAUCAUGGAUGUCUUUUGGGAAGACUAUAAUAAAGGAAGAAACCGAAUCAGAGAGUUUGUAUUAUGAACUGAUAUUGAGAGAUUUUAAUACAUUGCAUCAGGCGUACCUAUUGUAUGUGGAACCUACGGCAAGCUGUAAGGCCACUCAAUAUCAUGUUUCAGCCGAAAUGUUUGUGCCUUGGGCGCCAAAUUAUGAAUAUUAUCAUUAUUUUACGCAACUGAAGCAAAAACCUAUGAAAUUAAGACUAUUUAAAAGCAAUCCAAAUAUUGUUUAUGGAAUGGAAACUACAGAGCAUGUCAAAGUUACUUUAUUACUGGAUCCACAAUGCACUUACACUAUAAGCAUAGCACCAUCUUGGUACCAUCGUUUGGGUCAGCUCGUGCGCAAUUACAGCUCAGUAUUAUUCCCCUAUGCAGCUGGUGUGGUGCUUCUGGCAGUGAGAAGUAACAUAUGCGAACUACAAAAGCGUGGCAAUUGCCUUUCAAUGUACGGUGCACUGUGUAGUGAACGUGUCAAGCCGUAUUAUGUACUCGUGUCUGUUAAACUGGCUGCUGUGGCUUUGACAUCGUUUCCUAUCAUAACCUUUCUGUUUGAGAACUCAAGUUGGAAGAAUAUAGAAAUGCAGUAUUUCAUAAAUUCUCUGUUGAUUCUUCCGGCGUAUUUGACAGCGGUGGGCAUCGUCACUAUCACAGCGGCGGCAAUAAUGCUCGUUAUGAUAUUUUCCUCGCAGAUAGCUCAUAGGUUACUCUUUAGGAUUAUGUGGCGUGGCAGCUCAAACUUAACUGAGAAGAUUGCCUCGGGGCUGCAGAAAGUGCCCAUUGUAGUGACGGUCUCCAUGCUGUGUGCCGCGCCGCUGUCGUGUGGCGCCGCCGCGCUGGUUGUAGGCGCUGCCUUCUACUCCUUUAUGCUUUCGAAAAUGUACGAAGAUUACUUAGAAGAUUACGUGUACAAAUUAAUGGCGAAAAUAGCGUCAAAAGUGUGUAGGAUGUUUAAAAAAAAACAAUCUUCCGAAGAAGCGAAAAAUAGUCUUAUUGAAAGAGAUUCAAUAGAAACAUCUAGUCAAAGUAUCAACGAAGACCAAAAAUGUAAUAGUGAUAGAGAAAAAAUAAAACCUAUCGAAGUGUCUCAAAAUAAGGACGUAGUAGCAGGUACUGCUGCCGACACGAAAGAAAAUACGAAGGAUACACAAUACUUGGAAAAUAGAGAUAUAACUGUUGGUUCUAAUUCGGACGGUAUCGCUAACGAAAAGAAAUCAGAACAGUCAUCUAAAAGAAAAGAAAGCAAUAAUAGUGAAAAUAAUCUGGAUAUGCAUGAAGGUCUUAAUAAUUUGAAUUUUCACAUGAUGUUGUUCUUUAUGUGGCUUACAGUGACUUUAGUCAAUAUGCCCGCUCUGCUCACAUGGGCAAGAAAUUUCCGAUAUAGCAAGGUGUUAGAGACAGAUACAUCUUAUCAUACUGGUUUGGUUAUGUCGGCUUGUUCGGGCUAUGUAUGGCAAAUCAAUGGACCAAGGAAACAUUUAAGAAGCUACGAGACAGUAUCAGCGUUACUCUUCACCAUGGCAGUAAUCAUAUUAGUAUUAGGUCCUCUGUAUCUUCCAAUCGUCAAUUAUGGAGUUACUUUUAUGUUUGUUACUUUAACUGUUCAGCAAAUGUUUGAUAAAGAGAAAGUUAUUCAUUCUAAAGGCAUCGCUGGUCAAAGACGUGAUAAAGACAAUGAGGAAUUUAGUGAAGAGAAACAGAAUAGUAAAGAGUCUAGUGAACAAACUGAAACAUCUACAUCUGGUGAUAAAUGUAAUGUAUGCAGUGAAAGUAGAAUUUAUAACUUAUUUCAAAAUCUUAGAGAGAAAUUUAGUUUCAUCGAAAAUUUAUAG